GCAGCUCCCACCACGAUGCCCGCGGCUUUAGGGCUGCUGCUGCCGUGGCUGAGCCUGGUGGGUGCCCUGCAGCCGGGGCUGGAACCCCCCGAGUUCGACCCCACCGAGGCUGGGGCCGUUCUCUUCGCCGAUGCCUACAACAGCACGGCGGAGAUCGUCCUGUUCCAAAGCGUGUCCGCCAGCUGGGACUACAACACCAACCUGACGACCGCCAACGCUGCCCUGCAGGUCGAGGCAUCGCUGGAGGAACAAAACUUCACAGAAUUGUGGGGCAAGAAAGCCAAAGAGCUGUAUGGCAACAUCUGGAGCAAUUUCAGUGACACACAGCUGAAGAAAAUCAUCGGCUCCAUCCAGACCCUGGGGCCCUCCAACCUGCCCCUGGACAAGCGGCAGCAGUACAACAGCAUCCUGAGCGACAUGGACAAAAUAUACUCCACAGCCAAGGUGUGCCUUGACAACGGGACCUGCUGGGAUCUGGAGCCAGACAUCUCAGACAUCAUGGCCAGCUCCCGCAGCUACAAGAAGCUCCUCUACGCCUGGGAGGGUUGGCACAAUGCUGCAGGCAUCCCACUGCGUGCCAAGUACGAGGAGUUCGUGACGCUGAGCAACGAGGCGUAUCAGAUGGACGGAUUUGAGGACACAGGCAGCUACUGGCGCUCCUGGUACGACUCUACCACCUUCGAGGAUGACCUGGAGCAUCUCUACAACCAGCUGGAGCCACUCUACCUCAACCUGCACGCUUUUGUCCGAAGAAAGCUCUAUGAUCGCUAUGGCUCCAAAUACAUUAACUUGAAGGGCCCCAUCCCUGCUCACCUCCUCGGAAACAUGUGGGCUCAGCAGUGGAAUAAUAUCUAUGAUCUAAUGGUCCCCUACCCUGAUAAGCCCAACCUGGAUGUCACAAGCACCAUGGUGAAUCAGGGCUGGAAUGCCACCCACAUGUUCCGGGUCUCGGAGGAGUUCUUCACUUCCCUGGGGCUGCUGGAGAUGCCACCUGAAUUCUGGGAGAAGUCCAUGCUGGAGAAGCCAACAGAUGGCCGGGAAGUGGUGUGUCAUGCCUCAGCAUGGGACUUCUACAACCGUAAGGACUUCAGGAUCAAGCAGUGCACAACAGUGACCAUGGAGCAGCUGUUCACAGUGCACCACGAGAUGGGCCACGUGCAGUACUACCUGCAGUACAAGGACCAGCCUGUCUCCUUCCGUGGUGGUGCCAACCCUGGCUUCCAUGAGGCCAUUGGUGAUGUCAUGUCCCUGUCCGUCUCCACUCCCAGCCACCUUCAGAAAAUCGGGCUCCUCAGCAGUGCUGUCGAGGAUGAAGAGAGCAACAUCAACUACUUGCUGAAGAUGGCUUUGGAGAAGAUUGCCUUCCUGCCCUUUGGCUACCUCAUCGACCAGUGGCGCUGGAAUGUGUUCAACGGCCGCACGCCCCCGAGCCGUUACAACUACGACUGGUGGUACCUGAGAACCAAAUACCAGGGUAUUUGUGCUCCAGUUUCAAGGAAUGAAAGCAACUUCGACCCCGGAGCAAAGUACCACAUCCCUGGGAACACCCCUUACAUCAGGUACUUUGUGAGUUUCAUCCUCCAGUUCCAGUUUCACAAGGCGCUGUGCCAGGCGGCCAACCACACCGGUCCCCUGCACACCUGUGACAUCUACAUGUCCAAAGAGGCUGGAGACAAACUCAGGGAGGUGUUGAAGGCUGGGUCUUCCAAGUCGUGGCAGGAAAUCCUGUUCAACUUCACUGGCACGGAUAAGAUGGAUGCUGGGGCACUCCUGGAGUAUUUCAGCCCUGUCACCGCCUGGUUGCAGGAGCAGAACAACAAGACCAACGAGGUGCUGGGCUGGCCUGAGUACGACUGGCGUCCCCCUGUCCCUGAAGACUACCCUGAAGGCAUCGACAAAAUAGUAGAUGAAGAACAAGCUAAGGAGUUCUUGUCCGAGUACAACAGCACGGCUGAAGUGGUGUGGAAUGCUUACACUGAGGCAUCCUGGGACUACAACACCAACAUCACUGACCACAACAGGGAAGUCAUGCUGGAGAAGAACUUGGCCAUGUCCAAGCACACCAUUGAGUAUGGCUUGAGAGCCAGGGAGUUCGACCCCUCGGAUUUCCAGGACGAAACUGUCACCCGCAUCCUCAAUAAGUUGAGUGUCCUUGAGAGGGCAGCCCUGCCUGAGGAUGAGCUGAUGGAGUACAACACCCUCCUCUCAGAUAUGGAGACCACAUACAGCGUAGCCAAGGUCUGCAGGGAGGACAACACCUGCCACCCCUUGGAUCCUGACCUCACAGACAUCCUGGCUACCUCACGGGACUAUAAUGAGCUCCUCUUUGUCUGGAAGGGCUGGCGGGAUGCUUCUGGGGCGAAAAUCAAGGACAAAUACAAGCGAUACGUGGAACUGAGCAACAAGGCAGCUGUGCUCAAUGGAUACACAGACAAUGGAGCUUACUGGAGAUCCCUGUAUGAGACAUCCACCUUUGAGGAAGAUCUGGAGAGGCUGUACCUGCAGCUGCAGCCUCUGUACCUCAACCUGCAUGCCUACGUACGUCGAGCCCUGUACAACAAAUAUGGAGCAGAGUACAUAAACCUGAGGGGUCCCAUUCCUGCUCACUUGCUGGGGAACAUGUGGGCCCAGUCAUGGUCCAAUAUCUUCGACCUGGUGAUGCCCUACCCAGAUGCCACCAAGGUGGAUGCCACCCCAGCCAUGAAACAACAGGGCUGGACUCCCAAGAUGAUGUUUGAGGAGUCAGACCGUUUCUUUACCUCCCUGGGCCUCAUCCCCAUGCCGCAGGAGUUCUGGGACAAAUCCAUGAUUGAGAAGCCAGCAGAUGGGCGGGAGGUGGUGUGUCAUGCCUCAGCCUGGGACUUCUACAACCGCAAGGACUUCAGGAUCAAGCAGUGCACCGUGGUGAACAUGGAUGACCUAAUCACAGUGCACCACGAGAUGGGCCACGUGCAGUACUUCCUGCAGUACAUGGACCAGCCCAUCUCGUUCCGUGAUGGAGCCAACCCUGGCUUCCACGAGGCCAUCGGGGAUGUUAUGGCCUUGUCUGUCUCCACCCCGAAACACCUGCACAGCAUCAACCUGCUGGACCAAGUGACAGAAAAUGAAGAAAGUGACAUCAACUACCUGAUGAGCAUCGCCCUGGACAAAAUUGCCUUUCUGCCCUUUGGAUACCUCAUAGACCAGUGGCGCUGGAGGGUGUUUGAUGGGCAGGUCAAGGAGGAUGAGUACAACCAGCAGUGGUGGAACCUCAGGCUGAAGUACCAGGGCUUGUGCCCACCAGUACCAAGGUCUGAAGAUGACUUUGACCCAGGGGCAAAGUUUCACAUCCCUGCCAACGUCCCCUACAUCAGGUACUUCGUCAGCUUCGUCAUCCAGUUCCAGUUCCACGAGGCGCUCUGCAAAGCAGCUGGGCACACGGGACCCCUGCACACGUGUGACAUCUAUCAGUCCAAGGAGGCUGGGAAGCUCCUGGGAGAUGCCAUGAAGCUGGGUUUCAGCAAGCCAUGGCCUGAAGCCAUGCAACUCAUCACGGGGCAGCCCAACAUGUCAGCAGAGGCCCUGAUGAGCUACUUUGAGCCCCUCAUGACAUGGCUGGUGAAGGAGAACACGAAGAAUGGGGAGGUGCUGGGCUGGCCCGAGUACAGCUGGACUCCUUACACAGCCACCGAAUUCCGAACUGCCACUGACACAACUGAUUUUCUGGGCAUGUCUGUGGGCACCAAAGAAGCCACUGCGGGUGCCUGGGUCCUGCUGGCACUGGCACUUGUCUUCCUGAUCGUCUCCAUUUUCUUGGGUGUCAAGUUGUUCUCAUCAAGGAGAAAGGCCUUCAAAUCCAGCUCGGAAAUGGAACUGAAAUAAGGCAGCCACAGACGGGGGAGCACAGACAGGGUGCGAGCGCGGGCACUUGGGCAGCUGGUGGCAAUGCUGAGGGCACUUCUGCCCACGAAGCCAUGGGUUUCCACAGCCCAGGAUUCCUGUCUCCAAUCAGGUUGGACAUUAAUUUUUUUCCACUAUGCAAGAGCCAAAGCAGAAAAGAGCUAUUUAUUUGCCAAUAUCUGCAUAAAAGGAAGAGAAAUUCAGGCACCGGCAGGCACGGAGCCAUCAGGGACUGCUCCUGUGCCCAGGGGGAGUGAAUCCAGAGCGAACCCCCACCACCCAUCUCCAGCCCCUGUGCCAGGAUGGGCAAAGCCAUGGGGGCUCCAAGUGACAGAGGGCAGGCUUGGGAGGGACAGAGCAUGCUUCUGACCUCUGCCCAUCCCUGGUUUGCCCAUUGCUGGGCUGUUUGUUUGCAUGGAUGAGAAAUAAACCCAUGUCUCGUUACCCCCA